AUGGAGGUCGCUGUGAAAGGGAAGGCCAAGCGGAAACACCUAAGUGCAAGUGACUGUAGUGAACUGGGCCAAAGUCCAGCAGGCUCCAGCUCCCUCACCCAGCCUCAUGUUCUAAGCCUGAGCCAAAGCGCUCGCAAACCAGAAAAACACCAGGCUCCAUACACUCCUAAAAAGCGCCGCAAAUGUGCCUCUGCUUCCUCUAGUCCAGCGAGCCAUCAGAAAGCUAUCAAUGAGUAUUUCAGUGUAACCGGAGUCCUCAGUUGUAGCCCAAACAAACUCCAAGAGCCCUGUUCAUCUACAAACUCAACUGCUUCAAGGGCACUUUUCCUUAAGGAAGACUCCAACAAGGACCAAGAUGAUGAUGAUGAUGAGGAUGAUGAUGAUGUUAGUUUGUUAGCAGAGGCUUUAUGUCCUGAACUUUGUCCUUUCAAUGAAGAAGACAUUGAUGAUACUAGUUUAUUGACUGCAGAAAAUGCCCACCAUAAUGAUCCAGAGAAAGGGGAGGAAAUUGACUAUUUACAGGGUAUAACUGAAGAGAUGUUUGAUGAUGACUUUGAAGCCAGUGCAAUUGGCGUCCCAGCUGCUGAAGAGGAUGUAGAAGCUCUCCCGGAUGCCCAUUUUGGACUUUUAGGCUGCUCCAAGACUUUAUUAGAGCCUAUGGGGUGUGUGGACGACCUACCUGAGGAGGUGCUGAGGCAUGUAUUGAGUCUGGUGCCUGCCCAAGAUCUGUUCCGCAGUGUUCAGCAUGUGUGUCACCGAUGGAGGGAUAUUGUGCAAGACCCAAAGUUUGUUCCAUUCAAGAAAAAGUAUUUCUGCUAUGUGAUGGGAGAGAGCCUCACAGUUCAGUGGGUCAAUGAUUUUUUCCUACAGACGAUUUUUAAAACUACGCCAGAUCACAGCAUCAGAAACUUGGUUAUUCUGAUGGCCCAACACAGACUGCCUCCGCGUUUCAGGCCUGAUGAUAUUUUAAAUUGUGUGAAGACACAUAGGUUAUUUCCUCAGGCAGAAGCCUCCAUCAGAUUAAGGAUUCCAGUCAUUCAGAAACAACACAGUCUGGGCAUUCAGGGCUCAAACCCCUUUGCUGCAAUGGCAGUCAUCCUCCUGCUCUCGGAGUCUGUGGAAGACGUCCAGUCUCUAGUGUCACUGGUCAGAAGCUGCCUGUCUUACACGGCCAUCUCCGAGUACCUCCACCACAUGGCCCUAAUGCUGCUGGCCCUGAAGAGAGAAGCAGGGGUUCAUAUCAGUAGCAGAUUGCACUACAACAUUUACUAUGUGCUUCAUUUGAUGGAGAAUGGACCUUUUGCUGUUACCCAUGAUCAUAGCAGCAGACAUCCCCAGAUUAAUCUAACAGGCGAACAACAGCAGGUCCUCAGCCAUGACAUCCAGAGGGACCAUGUGCUCAAGAUCAUGGCCUUUGCAGGUACUGGAAAGACCACUACACUGGUGAAGUACGCAGAGCAGAGACCGCACCUGCGCUUCCUCUAUGUCGCUUUCAACAGAUCUGUGGCGAAAGAGGCUGAACGACGCUUCCCCGCCAAUGUGGACUGUAAGACUGUCCACGCUUUAGCCUUUAAAGAGGUUGGUGUGAGGUAUCAAACUGGCAGAAAGCUCACAUGCAGCAUGAAGCCAUUCAGCAUCAACAUGGUCCUGCCCAAAGGCCGAGCUGGUUUCCGUAAAUCCAAAAUUGUGAUGCGAACAAUAACUACUUUUCUGGCCUCGAUAGAUGAAGAAAUUGAUCUAACUCAUGUGCCGAGCUGGUACCUGUCCAAAAAUCGUGUUCAGACGCCGAUUGAUGAGGCAGAGAAACUGUUGUUUUUGGAGGAUGCCAGGUAUGUGUGGAUGCAAAUGAAGAAUGUCAGACAGAGAAGUAAAGAGGCUUUCUACAUGACUCAUGAUGGUUACCUGAAGAUGUGGCAGCUCUCUAGACCCUGCUUAUCCCAUAAAUAUGAUGUAAUUUUCAUUGACGAGGCCCAGGAUUGCACUCCAGCGAUCCUGGACAUCAUGCUGUCUCAAAGCUGUGGGAAAAUCCUAGUGGGAGACCCUCAUCAGCAGAUCUACACUUUCAGAGGAGCUGUCAACGCACUGGACACAGUGGAUCACACUCACAUCUUCUACCUUACACAGAGUUUUAGGUUUGGUGCGGAGAUCGCUUAUGUUGGAGCUGCUAUUCUUAAAGUCUGCAAAAAUGUCCAGAAAAUUUUAGUUGGAGGAAAGCAGAAGGGGGGUGUUAGUGACGAGAGUGCGGCGGCUGUUGGAGACUCUGUACGAAAAGGAGUGAGUCCAAAUCAAGGGAAAACUGCCAUAUUGUCCCGUACCAACGUCACCGUUUUUUCUGAAGCUGUCAAACUGACUUAUGCCAAUUCCAAGUGUCGAGUUCACUUUGUUGGAGGGAUACAAGGAAUUGGCCUGGACAGAAUUCAAGACAUAUGGAAUAUUAUGCAAGACUCAAAGAAACUACAGGACGGACAGGAAUAUAAAGCAACUUACAUUAGGGACCCAUUCCUUCGCAUUUUUGCAAAGAAAUCUAAAAAUCCAUUCCAAGCUCUGAAGCAGUAUGCAGACCAAACUGAAGAUCGUGAACUCGAGGCCAAACUCAUAAUUGUGGAAAAAUUCGGCAACCGCAUCCCAGAGAUUGUAUCCAAGCUCAAAAUGUGUUAUGAACAAGACUAUGUCAAAGCAGACUUCAUCCUGGGCACCGUGCAUAAAGCCAAAGGGAUGGAGUUCGACACAGUGAUGGUGACGGAUGACUUUGCAAAGCUUCCUGCAUCACGACACAACCUCCGCUUCCACAGGAGCUUUGUCAUAAAUGAGAUUCAGAAAGAUGAGUGGAACCUAAUGUAUGUGGCUGUGACCAGGGCUAAAUCUUCUCUCAUUAUUUCGGAGAGCAUCCGCCGCCUUCUCACUCUGGACGGGGAGUACUAUCUGAAGUCGAACAUGCCUCUUACCCUGAUCAAAGACAAAGAGCCUCUGCCCUGCUGUGUGGACAACUGCCCCAACUGUAUCACCCCCGGCUCAGCCUUCAUCAUGUCGAGACGUCAGAUCAACUGUACGUACGGUGUGUCCAGCGGUGGGCCCCUGUGCGAGCGCUGUGUGUGGGCGCGGAUCGGCCCCAUGGCGUUCCUCAUGACUGAUGAUGUGCUGUCAAUGGCUGAGAUCCCAGAACACUUCCAGAUGGCUCGGCACCACAUCAUGCUGUUCGCUUUGUUCUGA